UCCCUAAUGUGGUCGUCAUCGUCUGAUAAACCCUUAUGUCCACAGAUUAGUACGACGUUUAAAUUAACAAAACGUACGAAAGUUUGGAAGAAUGAACAAUACCGUUAAACUCAAUAAAUAAUAAAAGUUACACCGUAUACAUGGUAUGUAUGUUGUAUUGACGCUGACGAUUAGUCUUGUUUAGUCAACGACAAGAACUAGCAACUGACAAUAUAGAGGCCUAUGUCCACUUCUGUAUGAAUAAUGAUACAAACAGCUUUCAUACAUAAUAAACAUAUAAGUAUUAAGUUUAAUUUUAACGCAUGACUUCGUUUUCGUACAUUCGUGAUCGGAGUUUUAAAUCAUUCCGCUGGGGACAGCCUAGUUUGAGGAAAAGGAACAUCGACCUCAUAGCCAUUGUUUCAGCUGUUACGUCACUGCGCAUGUCCUGAACAGACGACCUGAAACAUGGGGUGCUCAAAGUGCUAUUUGAUAGUAUUCAACACAAUAUUUCUGUUUUUUGGCGGGGGAUGCCUGGCCGGAGGGAUCUUCAUCCUGCUGGAUAAGAGUGAGAUCCUAGUGUUGACUAGGAGCGCCACCAGCUCCCUCAAUGCAGACGACGUCGUGACGCCGUCACUCCUCGAGUCGGCCGCCUACGCCUUCAUCGGCCUGGGCGGCUUCGUCUUCAUAACGGCGCUAAUGGGCUUCUGUGGAGCGUGCUGUGAAAACAACAAAUGUCUCAUCAUAUACAUUGUGAUCGUGGUGACCAUUAUGCUCGGACAAGGUACAGCGGUCGUCUUGUCUAUCGUCUAUAAGGAUCAGUUUGACACAUACGCCCGCGAUAACCUCAAGACGCUACAACAAAGUCGCUACAAGGGGCCGUACGACACCUCCGACAUUGUUAGCCUCGCUUUUGACGUUGUGCACAUCUAUUUCCAAUGCUGCGGUGUGGACACUGGGGCGGAAUACGCCUCCAUCUCAAAUUGGAACACGUCGUAUGCGUACGACGCCGGUGGCGGAAGCUAUGUAGUGGGCGUGGCCACUAUCCCUGCGACCUGCUGCGAGUUCUCCGACACCGCCUUGUUCCCAAGUGACAUCACAGGAUUCCUCAACUCCAUGACUAAUAACACGUGUCCUGUCACGCAGGCGAGCUCGUAUUACUCCACGGGUUGUUAUGAGGCCAUCAAGGAACGCUUCAGUCAGUACUUCAACAUUGUCAUAGGUGUGGGAGCCGGCAUCGGAGGACUAGAGCUUCUCGGUGUCAUUGCCGCGUGUUGCUUGAUAAAGAAGGACAAGGACAAUGAUGAAAAGGACGAUUAGGAUUUCGUACCAUUAUCUCUGUGGGGUGGGGGUCUCCGGGGGGAUGGGGGAGAGAUCGAUCGACGUAGUCUUGUGGUUUGAGCUUGGAGGGGUCCACAUUAAUUGCUGUCUCUGGUUGAGGUUAGGGGUCUAAGUUGGUCUAGAUUCCUAUCUUUGGUUAAGUUUAGGUCAGGGAUGCGUUUACAUUCCUGUCUUAGGUUGAAUUUGGGGCUGGGAAGGGGCUACAUUCCUAUCUUAGGUUGAAUUUGGGUCUGGGAAGGGGCUAUAUUCCUAUCUUAGGUUGAAUUUGGGGCUAGGAAGGGGCUACAUUCCUAUCUUAGCUUAGGUUGAGUUUGGGGCUGGGAAGGGGCUACAUUCCUAUCUUCGGUUGAAUUUGGGACUGGGAAGGGCUACAUUCCUGUCUUAGGUUGAAUUUGGGGCUGGGAAGGGCUACAUUCCUAUCUUAGCUUGAAUUUGGGUCUGGGAAGGGGCUAUAUUCCUAUCUUAGGUUGAAUUUGGGGCUGGGAAGGGCUACAUUCCUAUCUUAGCUUGAAUUUGGGUCUGGGAAGGGGCUAUAUUCCUAUCUUAGGUUGAAUUUGGGGCUAGGAAGGGGCUACAUUCCUAUCUUAGCUUAGGUUGAGUUUGGGGCUGGGAAGGGGCUACAUUCCUAUCUUCGGUUGAAUUUGGGACUGGGAAGGGCUACAUCCCUAUCUUAGGUUGAAUUUGGGACUGGGAAGGGCUACAUCCCUAUCUUAGGUUGAAUUUGGGACUGGGAAGGGCUACAUUUCUAUCUUAGGUUGAAUUUGGGGCUGGGAAGGAGCUACAUUCCUAUCUUAGGUUGAAUUUGGGGCUGGGAAGGGCUACAUUCCUAUCUUAGGUGGAAUUUGGGUCUGGGAAGGGGCUAUAUUCCUAUCUUAGGUUGAAUUUGGGGCUGAGAAGGGGCUACAUUCCUAUCUUAGGUUGAAUUUGGGUCUGGGAAGGGGCUAUAUUCCUAUCUUAGGUUGAAUUUGGGGCUAGGAAGGGGCUACAUUCCUAUCUUAGCUUAGGUUGAAUUUGGGGCUGGGAAGGGGCUACAUUCCUAUCUUAGGUUGAAUUUGGGGCUGGGAAGGGCUACAUUCCUAUCUUAGGUUGAAUUUGGGUCUGGGAAAGGGCUACAUUCCUAUCUUAGGUUGAAUUUGGGGCUAGGAAGGGGCUACAUUCCUAUCUUAGCUUAGGUUGAUUUUGGGGCUGGGAAGGGGCUACAUUCCUAUCUUAGGUUGAAUUUGGGGCUGGGAAGGGGCUACAUUCCUAUUUUAGGUUGAAUUUGGGGCUGGGAAGGGGCUACAUUCCUAUCUUAGGUUGAAUUUGGGGCUGGGAAGGGGCUACAUUCCUAUCUUUAGUUGAGUUUGGGGCUGGGAAGGGGCUACAUUCCUAUCUUAGGUUGAAUUUGGGGCUGGGAAGGGGCUACAUUCCUAUCGUAGGUUGAAUUUGGGGCUGGAGAGGGGCUACAUUCCUAUCUUUAGUUGAGUUUGGGGCUGGGAUGGUUGUUCAUUACUACAGUAUCUCCAAUUGCUUUUUGGGCAGGGAUGGGUUUGCAUUCCUAUAUUCCAGAUCUUCGGUUGAGCGAGUGGCUGGGUUGGUUUUAUGUUUCCAUCGUCGAUUGAGUUUGGUACUGAGAGGGGUCCACGUCGCGAUCUCUGGUGAAGUUAACUGGGGAGAAUACAAGCGGAGAGACAUAGAUGACACGGGAGAUAAGAGGUAGAGGGGGUAAGGUCAGGGUAACUGCUUAAUAAGUAAGAAUACAACAAAGACGCUGGCAUCAUUCAACAUCGUCUAUACGAUAUCACAUUCGCCUGUUCAGAUAUGGUAUCUUUGAUGUUCAACAAAACACUUGAAUUCUUCGCGGAAGCUUAAUGCUCGGACACGAUGAAUAACAUUUACAGCAGAGAAGAUGACUUACAAACAUUCGCAUUGUUAUACUGUUUCAGUCCUUGUUUGUUGCGGACAGUCUUACAGUACAAAGUAAAUUAUUGACUUAUGACAUGUACAUAUUUGACGGCUGUUAUGAAUAAGCUGAACAGUUAUUUGCUGUCAUUGUUAAAGUUAAGUAAGAAAAUAAAAUAAAUUUGAAA